AUGGACAACACGAAGACAUCAUCACUCGAAGGCAGCGACAAGAAACCUUCUCAGUCAUUCAUGUCUGCUUCGGACGACAUCGCACUCCUCAACGAAGUAUCAUUCACACGGCCAUGGGAAUCCCGGCGGUCAGCGGCACGACUCGCAUGGGAGGAGAUUGCAAAGAAGCUCACCACCGACGCUAGCCUGAGCGCAUUUAAAAGUGGUCCGGCUCGACGCAAGAGGACCGAGUUUCUUCUCAAGAAGCAUGUAGCCAACGAGCACGCCAGCCUUCGCAAGUCGGGGUCAACGGAAGAUAUCUCGUCAAGCGACAACGACAACAAUACUCCGCAUACUGGAACGAACAAGAAGCGCAAAGCCAGCACGGGCAAGUUGCGCUACAAGAAAACGAGGACGAAACGGAAAUCCUUGGACUUGCUUAUGAGUGGUGUGUCAGAGGGCGUCUCGAAACUAUCGAAAGCGGAUGACGAACUCAAGUGCAUUUUGAAUUUCAUGCCUUCCCCAUCGCCAAGCAUCGGCCGCAAGCAGUACUACUCGGUCAAAGCCAAGAUAGCCAUCGUAGCCGAGAACACGAAGGCAAACGAGAGCGCCUACGCCACCGCAAAGCGGCAUGGAAAAGGCCUUGGCGUGUCAAAGCCUCUGGUCGAAGCCGAAGUGCUGACCUACUGCAAGUCCCUGCGCGACGAAGACAUCGCUGUGAGUACGAAAAUGCUCAUUGUCAAGGCAUUGAGCAUCGAUCCUUCCUUCCAUCAGAAACGCGUGGUGUUCCAUAAGGACGGCUUUAACAAUACCAGCGUUUCGUUCGGAGCGUUGCCGCUGGUAUUUGCUCGGGGAGGUGCGGUAGUCCUCUACAAUGAUGGCAAUCUUGUUCGCAAAGUCUUCUUACUUCUUCAGCAAGUGCAAAGGGAGGAAGCCGACGUGGCAUGCUUGCUCGCUGGCAACAAGGCGGAACAACUUGAGAACCUCUUCCAGGUUCCAACUUUCGCCUCAUACCUCAAGGCGGCAAACAACCAGGUCGUCGACUGUAAGGCUAUCCCCACAAAUGUCAUGGCAGACGGGUACAGCCUCGUGGGGAUUCUAUAA